AUGGCGGCGAUAUUAUUGGCCGGAGAAAAGUUAAGCAAUUCAUACGGUAAAUCUCAGUUAUUCGACAUGAUUAAUCACGUAUUGCCUUACGUUUCGCCAAAAUUUCUUCAACCAAUGGAUAAUCGUGGUAAUUAUCGAGAUUCAGAUCGUGAUGGAUCGAAUAAUCGACGUAGUGGAGGAGAUCGUGAUGAACGAGAUCAACGUCGUGAUCCUUCUUCAUCUUCAUCUCAACAACAUCGCAUAGAAGAAGAAGAAACGACUCAUUAUCGUUCACAAAUAGCUCCGCGUCCUACGAAUAUUACAACAAAUCGAGUUGUACCAUCAUCAAACAACAUUAUCAUGGAACGAUUCUAUUCCUACGGUACAGGUCCUGGUGUUCCACUUAAGCCAGGUGGCAAAUCGGCGGCUGUCGUCGCUAUUCAAGAAAACCGUGAACGUGAAAAACGAGAAUUAAGUCAUCUUAAUGAUCGUUUUGCAUCCUACAUUGAGCGUGUACGAUAUUUGGAAGCACUCAAUAAGAAACUUCAACUUGAAUUGGAACAUUUACGAGGAAAAUGGGGUUCGGAAACGGGUAAAGUUAAGGAAAUGUAUGAAGUGGAAAUACGUGAAGCGCGUCGUAUUAUUGAUGAAACUUCCAAAGAUCGAGCAACAGCCGAACUUCGUGCCAAACGUGCCGAAGAAGAAACAUUAAAAUAUAAGGACAAAUACGAAACACUAUUAGCCGGAAGAGAUGCCGAUCGACAAAAAAUAGAAGCAUUACAAAAACAACUCGCCGACAACGAAGCAGAUCUUAAUCUAUUCCGUCGUCGUAUAGCUGAUUUGGAAGAUGAACAAAAACGUUUCCGUGCUGAGUCUCAGAAGCUCAUCUUAGACAUUCAACGUGUCACGCAAGAUCUGGAUCAGGAAACAAUUGCACGUGUGCAAUUAGAAAAUGAAAAACAGAGUCUGGAAGAAGAAAUUAAUUUUCUAAAACAAAUUCAUGCUCAAGAAAUUGAAGAAUUAAAACAUGCGAAUCUUAUUGGAACAGCUUUAGAUCCAUCAAAUUUCUUUAAACAUGAGUUAUCCAAUGCAAUUCGAGACAUCAGAGAAGAAUAUGAACAGCUUAAUAAUCAACAACGUAAUGAAUUGGAAUCGUGGUACCGUAUAAAAGUGACACAAGCGGUCCAAGAAGUGCAAGCCCGCCGUGCAAUUGAAGGACCAGAAAGUGUUCGUGAGCGAGAGGAAAUUAAAAAACUACGCACAUUGGUUACAGAUUCACGAAAAGAUAUUUCGGCUAUGCGUCAAAGGAAUGGCGAGUUAGAAAAUCGUAUUCAAGAAUUAGAAGAACUUGUACAGAUUGAACGACGUGAAGGUAUUCAAGCAUCUAACGAACGGGAUCGGGAAAUCCAAGAACUACGAGCUCGGUUAGAAGAAUUAGGACGUGAUUAUGAUGAAUUGGUAACAACAAAAUCAUCGCUGGAUGCAGAAAUUGCCAUUUAUAGGAAACUAUUAGAAGGAGAAGAAAACAGAGCGGGUCUAAAACAAAUAGUGUCUAAUGUUGAAGAACAAGCACGAGCAGAUUUCGCUGCUGCCGGUGGAGCUGGUGGUAGUGGCGGAGCAAGUAGUGGGGGCGCUGGUGGUGGUAGUAGCACCACUACUGGUGGUGGAGCUGGCAGCGGAGGCGCGUCAUAUUCAUAUUCGCGUUCCUAUCGAACAACCAGUGGUGGUCAAGAAUCAGAUGAGCGAUCCUCCAUUGAACGCGAUUCCAGUGGUAACCAACGAGGUGUAGGUGGUAGUGAUUACGUCGGUGGAAAUCGCAAUCGAGACGACUUCUAUCGUUCUGGUCCAGGAACAAGUUCAUCAUACGAACGUAGCUCAAAUCUUCCGCCAUCAACAUCUGGCGAUAAUGUUCGUCAUCCGCCAACAAUUCGAGAAGAAAUCAAUCGAAGUGGUAGUGCACUUAAUCGAGUUCGAGAACAGAGUGGAUCCAUUGAUCGAAGUUCAUCUGGUCAACGUGGUGGUGAAGGUGAUGACUCAUCGUUGGAGGAUCCCAACGAACGACGUGAUCGUUUACCAGCAACACGUAAAGACGAUGGUUAUGGUCAAAUUCGUUGUGGUAUCCGAUACGAUCGAACACGCGGUAAACUUAUUGUACGUGUAUAUGAAGCACGUGAUUUAAUUAAUACGGAUAAGAAUAGUCUAUCGGAUCCGUAUGUACGUUUGUUAUUGUUACCGGACAAACGUAAGAAGACCAAACGACGCACUCGAAUUAUGAAAGAUACAUUAGCACCUGUUUUUGAUGAAACAUUCGAAUAUGAUAUGACAUAUGAAGAAGCCAAGUUAAAAACUCUUGAUCUUACCGUCAAAAACGAUCGUUCGCUCUUUUCAACAGACAAAGUUUUCAUGGGUCAAGCAUUAGUUACAUUGGGUAAUUACAACUUAGACGAUGGAAACUUAAUCGAUGAUUGGUUCACUCUUGAACCUGAAGGUGCAUUGGCCCUGCGGCUGAAAGCACUUGAUGCUUGA